CCCUUUCAGCUUUAAACCCUCCGAGAGGAAUGAGGUGGGUUCACCAAGGCUGAGUCACUGUCAGUCCUCUUCGUUCUUGAAUUGCUUUCCCAUUCUUGUAGAAAAAAAUGGAGAAAAUAUCUCAGGUCAAGGAAAGUUCCUUCGCCGUGGAUGAACGGGAACUCGGUUCCAAGACUUUUGUCAGCAUUUCAAUCAAACAUCAUCUAUUGAAAAGGAUAGCGUGUAAAUCAAGCACCUUACAAGAUUGUAGCUUCAUUGAGUUCUGCAAUCGAAGGGUUCCCUAAUAUUUUAUUUAGAAACGGAAAAGAUUCGUUUUUCGGAGAAGAAAUCUUGAUGGCAGCCUCUUCUAGGUCCUCAUCUGGUUGGAGUUAUGAUGUGUUCCUGAGCUUCAGAGGUGAAGACACUCGCAACACCUUUACUGGACAUCUUUACAAUGCGUUGGAUGACGCUGGAAUUCAUAUUUUCAAGGACGAUGAACGACUCCCCACGGGAGAAGAGAUAGGCCCAGAGCUACUAUCUGCGAUCGAAGAAUCGAGAAUCUCGAUCCCCAUCUUCUCGAAGAACUACGCUUCUAGUAAAUGGUGCCUCAAUGAACUCGUCAAGAUCGUUGAAUGCAGGAAAACCAUGAAUCAACUUGUCCUUCCCAUCUUCUACGAUGUUGGUCCCUCUGAUGUCCGUAACCACACGGAGAGCUAUGGGAAGGCUCUUCGGGAACACCAAAAAAAUUUCAAUCAGACGAUCAUAGAGGAGUGGAAAGGGGCUAUGAGAGAGGUUGGGGAGUUGAAAGGAUGGGAUUUGAAGAAAAUCGCUAACGGGCAUGAAGGGACAUUGGUAAAGUUAGUUGUUGCAGAAGUUUCCAAUAAAUUGAGAAAAGAUGCCCAGAUUGUUUCUGAUGACCUAGUUGGAAUCCAAUCUCAUGUAGAAAAAGUGAUGAGAUUAUUAGACAUUGAAUCUAAAGAUAUAAAGAUUGUGGGGGUCCAAGGGCUUGGUGGGAUUGGUAAGACAACUAUUGCCAAGGUUGUGUACAAUACAAUCUUGCAUCAGUUUGAAGGAUGUAGCUUUCUUGCAAAUGUUUGUGAAACUUCUCAACAGUAUAGAGGACUUAUCGAUUUGCAAAAUCGACUUGUCUCUAAUAUAUUGAAAGGAGCAAGAUUCAACUUCACUAAUGUAGAUGAAGGAAUUAAUGUGAUCAGAAAAAGACUUUGCAGGAAGAAAGUUCUUAUCAUUCUUGAUGAUGUGGAUCACAAAAUUCAAUUAGAUGCAUUAAUCAGGAAGCAUGGUUGGUUUGGUUUGGGAAGUAGGAUUAUAAUCACAACAAGAAAUGGGCAUAUCUUAGCUAGUCAUGAAGUGGAUGAGGUAUAUGAGCCCAAUGAAAUGGAUGCAAAUCAAUCUCUUCGACUAUUUUCCAGGCAUGCCUUUAGAAGGGAUCAACCUCCGGACGACUAUCUAGAUCUCUCAAAAGACAUUGUAAAGAAUACUGGAGGGCUUCCCUUGGCUCUUGAGGUUAUCGGUUCAGCUUUAUUUGAUAUGAGAAUAUCAGCGUGGCAGGAUACACUAAAGAUGUUGCAAGAUCAUAUUCUUCAUGAUGAAAUUCUGCAAAAGUUGAAAAUAAGUUAUGAUGGUCUAAAGGAUUCGGAAAAAGAGAUAUUUCUUGACAUUGCUUGCUUUUUGGCUGAAAUGGAUAAAAGUACUGCAUGUUUCAUAUGGCAACAUUGCAAUUUUCACCCUGGAAUAGGAGUUGAGGUUCUUUGCCAGAAGUCUUUAGUGAAAAUUGGAGAAAAUAAUGAACUGAAGAUGCAUGAUCUGCUUAGAGAUCUUGGAAAGGAAAUCAUUCGUCAAGAAAACGUUAAGGUGCCAGGAGGGCGUAGCAGGUUGUGGUCUCACAAGGAAGUCUUGGAUGUAUUGGAUAAAAGUGCUGGGACGGAUAAAGUUGAAGGGCUGUGUAUUGACUUCGGAGGUAAUUCAGGAAGCCAGUGCUGUUUGAAGAGUGAAGAAUUUACUAAAAUGGCUAAACUCAGGUUACUCAGAGUUGAUUAUGCAUGCUUUGCUCCAGACUUUGUGCCUUCUUUUUCGGAACUGGUAUGGCUUAGAUGGAAAGGAUGCCCUCAAGAAUUUACACUAAUGAAACUUCAUCCAGUGAACCUCGUUGUUCUUGAUCUGUCAUAUAGUCUUAUUACAAUAAAUUGGAUGGGUUGGAAGUACAUCAAGGUGGCAAAAAAUCUAAAAGUUUUGAAUCUGGCAGAGUGUCAAUACCUAUUCCGGACUCCUGAACUAGCAAAUCAUCGCUUGGAGGUCUUGAUUCUUGAAAACUGUAAAAAUUUAGUUGGGAUUGACGAAUCCAUCAACUAUCUUGAGAGGCUGGUCAUAUUGAAUAUAAGGGGAUGCUCAAAACUAAGGGAUCUCCCAUACAGCAUAUGGGGGUUGGCUUCUCUCAGAAACCUCAACAUACAUCAAUGCGAAGGUCUAGACAAGUUGCCUGAUUCCAUAGGCUUUCUCAAAAACCUUGUGACUUUUGAUGCCAGUUUUUGUUAUAUCAAGGAUGGGGGAAUUCCGGAUGCUUUAUGGUGGCUAUCCUUUUUGGAAAUCUUGAGAAUAGGUGGAAACAAUUUUCAUUGCCUACCAGUGACUGUUUCCAGCCUUUCCUUGCUCCAUACACUCGAUUUAAGGUUCUGCUACAGACUGCAAUCGCUCCCAGAACUUCCUUCUAGUUUGAAAAUUUUAAAUGUUACGAGAUGCAGAUCUUUGAAAUCUCUCCCAAGGCUUUCAAACCUGACAAAUUUAGAGGUGUUGUGUCUUGAUGAUUGUGAAAAUCUAGUGGAGAUGCCAGCUUUGUCAGGGCUGAGAAAUUUAGAGAAUUUAAGUCUUGAUAAUUGUCAGAGGUUAGAAGAGAUUAAAGGCCUCAAAGGGUUGGAUUCCCUAAAACUGUUGACAAUGAAGAACUGUGGAUCAUUAAGAAAAAUUGAGAAAAUAUCCAGCUUGAGAGAACUGAAAGAGUCAAGAUUCACGGGCUGCUCGAAACUAAUGGUAUUAGAAAUGGAAGGCUGCGAGAGAUUACUUGAGAUUGAGGGUCUUGUGGGAUUGGAUUCCCUUGAGCGUUUGACAAUAAAGGGCUGCACUUCAUUAAUGCAAAUCUCGGAACUGUCUGAAUUGGAUGAACUUCCGCAAAUGGUUUUCGAACAACUACCACUUCUGCAACUGUGUAAGAUGAAAAAUUUCAGAAUGUUAGAAAUCUUGAACUGCAGAUCAAUAGAAAGGUUACCUCAUCUCUUCAACUUGGGAUUCUUGAAGCAUCUUUCCAUUGCCGGAUGCAUCAAACUAAAGGAGAUUGAAGGCCUCAAUGGAUUGGCAUUCUUGGUAACGUUGAAUUUUAAUAAUUGCAUAUCUAUGGAAAGAAUACCGAGUAUCUCCUACUUGACAGACUUGAAGCAUCUAUCCACUGUCGGGUGCCUCAGUCUAAAGGAGAUUCAAGGCCUCGGGGAACCCUGGAUGAUUCAAUGCCUCGAUAAAUUUGGAUCCUUGGAGAGGUUGGAUUUUAAUAAUUGCAUAUCUAUGGAAAAUUUACCAGAUCUCUCCUAUAGGAGAAACUUGAAGCAUCUAUCCAUUGCCGGGUGUGUCAAUCUAAAGCAGAUUCAAGGCCUCGAUAGAUUGAAAUCAUUAGAGAGGUUGGAUUUUACUCGAUGCGAGUUUAUAAAAAGAUUGCCAGAUCUCUCCAACUUGAGAAAAUUGAAGCAUUUAUCCGCUGCGGGGUGCAUCAAUCUAAAGGAUAUUCAAGGCCUCAAUAAAUUGGAAUCCUUGGAGACGUUGGAUUUUAGUAAUUGCAUAUCUAUGGAAAGGUUACCUGAUCUCUCCAACUUGAGAAACUUGAAGCAUCUGUCCAUUACCGGGUGUGUCAAUCUAAAGGAGAGUAAGACCUUAACAGAUUGGAAUCAUUAGAGAGGUUGGAUUUUAUUGGGUGCAAGUUUAUGGAAAGUGUUAAAUAUUGUAGGUUUUCUAAACAUAAUAUUAAAUUUACGCAAAGCCUUGAGGGCACCUCGAAAGAUCUCAAGAGUACAACAAAAGAAGAAGCAUGUCUUUGAGAAGCACCACAAAAGAUGAGGCCACAAGGGUUUCAAUGAUGGUAACAAAGGCGGAAAUGCAAGAACCAUUCUUUGCUGUGGCAAAAUCCUGACCAUGCCCAUCUUCCACAGCCUUGGGCAUUAUUCUUUUUAGAGUUUCAGUAACUAGGAUGAGAGAAUGGAGAUAAGGAGUCUCCCUGCUGGAGACCUUUGAAGAUUUUAGAUUUUUUUACCCUUAUUUUUGUUGCUUACCUAUAACUGUAUAAGGAUGCAGAAAGAGUUAUUAUGAGUAGCAAACUUUCAUUCAUAUAUGCUAUUUCACACUAAAAUCUCAUUUUUACAAGAAUGUAGCCAAGGAAGCUGCAAUUUCAUGGUUA